UAUUUUUCUAAUCCAGUUAAUUUCCUAUAUACACUUACUUUAUAAACAAGUAUAGAAUCUAAAUACAUUGCAUUAAAAUUUGAGAGCAAGGAAAGGACAAAGCCAAGAGACACACACAAGAGAAAUGAUGAAGUUCUUUCUGGUUUUCUUAGUUUUUUGUGUGACACUGAAGCAGGGGAUUGCAGAUGAUGAUGGUGGGUUUGUGAAAGCAAGAGGAGUGCAGUUGAUGCUGAAUGGGAGCCCUUACUAUGCUAAUGGCUUCAAUGCUUAUUGGUUAAUGUAUUUUGCCUCUGAUCCUUCUCAGAGAAACAAGGUUUCUUCAGCUUUUCAAGAGGCUGCAGAUCAUGGACUUAACAUUGGCAGAACUUGGGCUUUCAGUGAUGGUGGAUAUAAACCCCUUCAAUACUCUCCUGGGUCCUAUAAUGAGGAAAUGUUCCAGGGGUUGGAUUUCGUAGUAGCUGAAGCUGGAAAACAUGGAAUCAAGCUGAUCUUGAGUUUGGUGAAUAACUAUGAGAAUUUAGGAGGGAAGAAGCAGUACGUGGAGUGGGCAAGGAGUCAGGGCCAGUCCAUAAAUUCAGAAGAUGAUUUCUUCACAAAUCCUGUUGUCAAGGGAUACUACAAAAACCACAUCAAGACUGUGCUUACAAGACAUAACAGCCUCACUGGAGUUGCUUACAAGGAUGAUCCGACUAUAAUGGCUUGGGAGCUUAUGAAUGAGAUUAGAUGUCCUUCAGAUCAAUCAGGAAAUUCGGUUCAGGGUUGGAUUACUGAGAUGGCAUCAUACUUGAAAUCCAUAGAUGGCAACCACUUGCUUGAAGCUGGUCUAGAAGGUUUCUACGGGCAGUCAAAGGCAGAGUCUAACCCUAACUUCCAAGUUGGUACAGAUUUUAUUGCAAACAACCAAAUCCCCGGCAUUGAUUUCGCAACACUACACUCCUACCCGGAUCAAUGGCUAACUAGUUCAAGUUAUGAAGACCAAAUGUCUUUCUUGAGUGGGUGGCUCAAUGACCACAUCCAAGAUGCACAGAACAUCCUUCACAAGCCACUUCUAUUUGCUGAGUUUGGGAUUUCCACAAAAAAUUUGGGUACCAACACAACUCCAAGGGACAGGUUCUUCAACACAGUAUAUUCAGCAGUAUAUUCAUCAGCAAGUGGUGGCGGAGCCGCUGUUGGCGGCUUAUUUUGGCAACUUCUGGUUGAAGGAAUGGACUCAUUUCGUGAUGGUUAUGAAGUGGUCUUAGGUGAGAGCCCCUCAACAGCUGCCGUGAUUGCUCAACAGUCUCAGAAACUCAACCGAAUUCGCAAGAUGUACGCCAGAUUGAGAAACAUUGAGAAGUGGAAUAAAGCAAAGGAAAUUAGAAGCUCACAAGGUGGAAAAUGAGGGCCAAAAUGACCUAUUUCUGAUACAGCGUUACACUUAGGUGUCCUACAAAUACUUAAUCUUAUAGAUAUAACUCUUAUCAGCUUAUAACAGCUGAUAGAAAUAAGAAAUAUACUAUAAUCUUAUUCAGAAACAGAUGAGCUCUUAACUUCUUAUUUGGAAAACAUUUCAUCUACCUAUAUGUCGGCGAGUUAACUACUAUACUAAAGAUUUAUGUCUAAACUCUGAAGAUUAAUACCACUGGAUAAUUUGAAGUA